CGGAACAACAAAGAUUCAACAUCACAUUCCUGAAAUGAAAGUAUAAGUUAGUGAGAAACAGUAGAGCUGCAGUCUGGAGAACAUCAACGAACUCAAAUACAGAGUGCAGACAUGUCUGCUGACAGCAAUCUGCAGUCUGAAGAUCGCUUUCUUUGCUCCAUCUGUCUGGAUGUGUUCACUGAUCCGGUCACCACAUCAUGUGGACACAACUUCUGCAAAAAGUGCAUCACUCAAUAUUGGGAUGUUCAUGAGAGGUGUCAAUGCCCCCUGUGUAAGGAGACUUUCAACAGUAGACCUCAGCUGAAGAUCAACACCUUCAUCUCUGAGAUGGUUGCUCAGUUCAGACGUGAAGCUCAGCAGAAAGCCAGCAGCAGCAGCUCGGAGCAACAAGCUGCCAAACCAGGAGAAAUUCCCUGUGACGUCUGCACCGAAGACAAACAGGAAACUACAGAGAAACAGGCUGAAGGUGUCAUCAAAGAUCUGGAACAGGAAAUCUCUGAGCUGAUGGAGAGAAGCUCUGAGGUGGAGCAGCUCUCACACUCUGAAGACCACCUCCACCUCCUCCAAAGCUUCUCCUCCCUGAAAGCUGCUCUAUGCACCAAGGACUGGACAGAGGUCAGAGUCCGUCCACCAUCAUAUGAGGAGACCGUGGGGAGAGCUGUGGAGACACUCAGGAAAGACAUGAAGAAGCUGUUUGAAGCUGAACUGAAGAGGGUCCAGCAGUAUGCAGUGGACGUGACUCUGGAUCCUGACACAGCAAAUCCUGACCUCAUCCUGUCUGAUGAUGGAAAACAAGUGAAGUAUGGUGAUGUGAAGAAGAAACUUCCGGACAACCCAGAGAGAUUUUCUCAGUGUGUUUGUGUUUUAGGAGAGCAGAGUUUCUCUUCAGGCAGAUUUUACUUUGAGGUUCAGGUUAAAGGAAAGACUAAAUGGAGUUUGGGAGUGGCCACAGAGUCGAUCAGCAGGAAGGGAAAAAUCAGACUGAGUCCUCAGAACGGUCUCUGGACUGUAUGUCUGAGAAAUGGAAAUAAGUACAAAGCUUGUGCUGUCUCUCUCCAGUCUGGUCCUGAGAAGGUGGGGGUGUUCGUGGACUAUGAGGAGGGUCUGGUCUCCUUCUAUGAUGUAGAUGCUGCAGCUCUGAUCUACUCGUUCACUGGCUGCUCCUUCACUCAGAAACUCCACCCGUACUUGAAUCCAUGUAAUAAUGAUGAUGGUAAGAACGCUGCACCUCUGCUGAUCACUCCUAUCAAUCUCAUUCUGUGUGAAGACCGUCUGGAUUAAGAACAUUCACUGAUAACACUCAAUGAGUUUGGUGCUCAUGUCACACAGUGGAAAAUUGUUUGUAUAUUUUGUUUUGGAUCAGACUGUGUGUUGGUACAUAGUGUUGAUUUUAUUUGCAUGAUUUUAUUGUGACAUUUAUAUUGCAUGGUUUUAUCCUCAUAUUUAUAUUGUGUAUUUUAGUGUUGUUGCACAAUAUUCUUUUAAUCCACUGUGGACUAAGCGGACAAUUGUAGGCACCUGUGAGGUGGGGGCGUUCCCCGAGGCGGCCUAUCAGCCGCCAGACUGACCUGUUAAAGGGGUUAGUGAGCGCAGAGACGGAGAGAGCGACGCACGAAAGGUGAGCAGGAGAAAAAAGAAACUCAUGCAAGCCAGUAUAUGUGUCGAAGGACCUGCUGCCUGACUGUGGGGUGCCACGAGUCGUUCGGCGACGGAUCGGCCAGCGGAACACGGCGAUCCAGUCCCAACGGCAGGAACAGCGACAGUGGGUGGCGAUGCCCGCAAUCCACACCAGGGCAGGGGUGUCCCUCUGUCUGCAUCUGGCGGUGCUACAAGGGAAGCCGUGCAGGUGUGGAGUGGGGCGGGACUGUGCGGUGACACGCUGUCAGGAGGAGACAGGUCUGCAACAGGAGCCCCCUCCUUGGUCUUCUGGCCGGCGUGGUUUCCAUCCCGGAAGAGAAAUUCCUCUCCUGUUUCAGAUAAGGAACAUUUGCCCGCGUGUGGCUGGACUGUGGGAUUAUGGGACGGGGGGGGGGAUUUAGCAUAUGGGAAAUAUUUGUGUAGCUUUUGUUUUGAUAGUAUAUAGUUAUUUCUGCCGGCAGGGUUUUUAGCGUAUUGAGAACACUCUUUUUAUUGUACAGGGGGAUUUUAAACUGUAUCUGUGAUUCUGGUUGUGUCUGUGUUCCCAUGGAAAUAAAUGGUGUGUUUAAGGCUAACAGUCUCUGUGCCCUGAGCGCUGACCCACUCACUCCCCUUCUUCUUGUAUGUGAACGGACUUGGAGGUGAAGAUUUAUAUACACCAGUUUUAGCGGCUACAUUCAUAUCAUUGAUCUCACAGUUACAGUACAUUGUUUAAAAAGGGAAAUAAUCUGUAAAUUUCUGUAAAAAUAAAACAAAACAAACAAAUAAUCUGACCGAAAAAUAUCCUACAGUAGUGGAACUUUAACAUUUUGUAAUUUUGUUACAAAAUUUUUUUUUUUUUUAUGGUACAGAAAAUAAUAUAUUUGUAGCUUUAAAUUUACAUGAAAUUUUUCAAAUAAAGUAUUUACAUGUGUAAAGACGACACAUUUACCCUCAGUGUGGUUCAACACUGUAAUACAGUAAUCAGGUUUAUUAGUCUGUUUUUAUAGUAAAGAAUCUCAUAGUUUUAUAUUUUUAAUUUAUUAAAAUGUUAUACUACCCAUAAAAAAUGUC